GACGCCAUCGAAAAUAGGAAUUCCGUGUGACUGAAAAACUGUGUGAAUUUUGCGCGAGAAAACUUUUUGGGCGACAAUUUAACGCUCAAAAUCCGUAAAAUUCUUCGGUUGUGGUCCUGCCGCCGGCUUUGGCGUUGUGAAAAGUGCAUCGGGAGCGCAAAAUACACGCCUUUUCGGUGUUUUUCCGUCGGUAGCGCAAACGGAAUUUCGUAAUUGGUGCUUCGGCGAGCAGAAAAAGUGUCGAAAGUCGUGGUGCGACUUCCCUCCAAAGGAGGCAGCGAGUUCUUGUUUAUUUGCGCUAGAAACUAGACUGAAUUCGAAGUGAUUGCAUUUGUGGUGAGGCGGCGAAAGCACGGUCGGAAUUUGCGGGCGCCGCGACGGUCAGUGAAUUUCCGAUCUGGGAUCUGUUUUUCCGGCUGCGAUAGCGCCGAUUGGCCGCCCCACGUCACCCCGGACCCAGAGUUUGUCGAAGGGAAAAGGACAACGAACUUGCUCCCGGCGAUCAAGUGCCGGGUUGUGGACUGCGCGGGCCGCGUUUAGGAUGUAUCGCUGAAUUGCGGUGACAGCGGAGGUUUAUUAUUUGCAGCUCAAUUAAGCAGUUACUUAUUGGUUACGCUCAGUCAUGAGUUAUACACCAAAACAGCCGGGAUCUGGAGCGGGUGGAUCUGGUGGCGGACAAAGUAGUCAGCAAAAAUCUUUAGCACAACAAAUGCAAGAUGUGGUACACAAUGCAAACCCAUUCACACAGGCUAUUUCAUCGUCACAGGCGUUUUCCAACUUGAAUAUGAGCCGCCAGCAGCAGCAACAACAGCAACAAUGUCUCGAUUUACUCAUGAAGCAACAACAGUUUAUAUUUUCCAGUCCCCAGCUUCAACAACUACAGCAACAGAUUCAACAGCAUAUGCAACAGCAGCAGCAACAACAACAACACAAUGAACCUUUAGCGCUGACACGUGGUCCAAAUCAGCAGCAGCAAGCGAACGGUAGCACUGGUGCUUCAGUACUGGCAAACCAACAGUUACAGUUGCAACAAGCCUACGCGAAUCCGGCAAAUCUGAUGCAACAACUUCAAGCAUAUCAAUUUCAAAUGCAGCAGCAGCAACAACAACAACAACAAAAGAUGCUGCCGAUGAAUCAAGCUCAACAAUCGUUGACCUCGGCUACUUUUCAGGCGCAAAAUGCGGCAGCUCAACACUUUCAGCAACAACAGAAAUUAUUAGCAGCAGCUGCUGCAGCCCAGAAUAAAGCUGCGAUGAAUCAACAGAAGGGAUCUAUGCAAAUGUCUAAUCAGUCGAAUAUGACGCAACAGAUACCAUCCAAUAAUAAUCUUCCCAACAAAAGCCCCGCUAGAAUGACCGGUUCGACUCCCAAUUUCCCUAAAAUUCCGGCUACUAUUCAGCCUACUUCUGUUAAGGUUCCACAGACUUCACAAUCUCCACCAGUGAUGAAACAGACAACCUCGACCCUACCCAGUGCAGCCAAGACCUCUUCAAUUAACGUUCCAGGUAACGUUACGAUAACUAAGUCUUCCCCAGCACCUCCGAAGCCGCCCCAGCCCAAUCCUAUGACUUUGAAUAAAACCACACCAAACACAACUCCAUCUCUAACAAUCACGAAAACCCUGGUUACCAGCAAUAGCCAAUCAUCUUCGUUUAGUAAAUCUGUAACCGUCAAUUCUCAAUCUCAAUCACCGAAACCCGCUGUAACUGCAACUUCUACCACAGCCUCCACACCAGUAGCAUCAACGGCUGCUACUCCUAAGCCUUCGCCACAAAAAGAAACCGUUUCAAAAGUGGAAUCAAAAGCAGAGCCCUCACCACCUGCAGCAAAAGCAUCUCCAUUGCCACAACAACCCGCUGCUACACCGGAGUUGAAUUCGAGCUUACCUACGACGUCGACACCGUCACAAGAUCAAAAACAGAAGAAACAAGAGGCUGCACCUCCAACUCCUCCAACUGCAGCUGCUGCAACACUAACCCCAGCUCCUGUUGAAAAAGUACCUGAAGAAAAACCUUCGAGUGUAACCGAAGAAAAGAGCGCUGAAGUUUCGAAGCUCGAUGAAAAAAGUGCAAGCCAAACCAAUUCAAAGACCACGAAAGAAGAAAAUAUCUCAAAAGAAGAGGAAAGUGCAAAAGAAACGUCUGUAACGAAGAAAGAUUCUCCUUCUAGUUCUGAAGAUGCUAUCUCGAAUGAACAGAAUCUGGAAAGUGCAGCAUCCAAAGCAGCUUCGAAAGUUAAGCCGGUCGUUGCUCAAAAGAAAUCUACCUCCCCUGCUAAGCUUGAAGUCGCCACAUCUUCAAGUGACGGACCCAAGUCAGUUGAGAAGAAGAAAACGUUGGCUACAACGUCACCCCCGAAAGAAACUCAACCUCAACCUGUUGAACCACAACCAACAAACCAGCAAGAGCCUUCCACUCCCUCCACACCGUCGUCAACCGUGGCUAAAGACGAUAGCACAGAGGCAGUGAAAACGAAUGCAGAUCGUCGAAGUAGACGCCAUCGUUUGAAAACAAUUCCAUUUCAAAGUCCUCUUCCCGAAUUGGCGUAUAUCACAAAACUGUCGGUGACUGAAACUUCUGCGUCCAGUUCGCCAAAAGCAUCGGAAGAAAAAUUGACUCUGUUCUAUAAAAACGAAUACUUGGCGGUUCGUAAUGCCGAAGGCACGUUCUUUAUCUGUCAGACUUUGCAGAAUGUAUUUAGGACAUCACCAAAAAUUCGUAUACGAUGGUUGUCAGAAGAGAAGAAAGACGAGAACGUCUACAUUCCCGACUUCUAUGACACGACAGAUAUAGAGUGUGUGCUGACCACAGUGGAAAUGGAGAAAGUUGGCAAAGAUCGCUGGAGAAUACCAAAGCCUGAGAAAGUUCGAAUUGAAAGCAUUUUGAAAAAGGCGAUUGAUGUUGAGAAGGGCGUCGCACCGCGGCCGGUGGUUACGGAAGAAAAUCCGGAUGGACUUGACAUCUCACUCUAUAAGAACGAAUCUCAAAUUGAAAAAAGAAGAGAACUGAAGAAGGAAAAGGAAGAGCGGAAGACACCACGGAUACCAGCCAAACGUAAUUCCAUUUCGCGAAGUAAAUUAAAAUCUCCGAAAAAGAAGAGAAAGACGAAAUCUAAGAAAGGGGAGGCAAAUAGCAGCGAUUCAGCCGUAUCAAAUGAAUCGGACGACGAGACUGAUAAUGACAAGGAAUAUAAGCCGAAGAAGAAAAGUAUCGUUACCCAGGCAAAAGUGGCUCGUGCUCAGAGAUCGCCUUUGGCCAGAGCCAGAGCAGCAUCACCGAUAAUAAUCAAGAAUGAUUCUACGUCAAAAGCGAAAAGUACUACAGUGCCUAAUAAAAAUUCAUCUGCUAGAAAGGAUAGUCUUCAAGUGAGUACACCAACUUCUUCUACGAGUCGAUCGGAUCGUGCCAAACGGAGAGGGGCGAUGGAAGAUAUAACACAAGAACCUCCAACUAAAAAGCCUGCAAUGACACCAACUACAUCCAAAAGGACAGCAGCGAAGACGCCAGCUAGUGAGAAAGCGGCGAAAUCAUCGGAUGACGAGUUGCUUAUCCCAAUGCCAGAGAAAACUCCAAACAGCAGACCCUCUGCACGGAGUUCAAACAGCACCACUGCGAAAAAGUCCCAAAAGACGACAUCUGGUACGACACCAGGAGUCGACUCCACACCAACUAGAAGUUUGGCCGGGCGGACGGUCAGAAGCCGGAAGUGAAAUGUAAUGGUAGAAUCCAUGGCAAUAUUUUUGUAGAAUCGGAACACGCACUUGAAGGAAUUUUUAAUCCACACAUAAGCUAAAGGAUACAAGAUAAAGAACACCUAAUUAUAAGUAUUACUGUAUAAAUGCGAUUUUUAUCGUUUGUCCUUUCAUAUCUACUUCCUUACUUGUCAUCGUCGUUUCUUUACUGCUAUCGUGCUUACAUACAUCGUCUCUUAUUGUUUUGUAAUGUUCAAGUUGCAGAAAAAUAGUUUUAUUUUAAGUUCUAAAUAGAAUAACGGGGUAAUUGUAAAAGUGAACAAAAUAAUGCAUGCUACUUGUAUAAACGCAAUGAUAAAAUGAUUUUUUUACGUUUGUUUAUUAUUAGAAUUGUAUUUUAUAAUUUCACAUAUUUUAUACGAUCUGGUUUCAUUUCUACAUUGAUGGGAAUGUACGGCAUGUGAAAUGCAAGCGAAUGCGUAAAUCAAUAGCGAACAUGAGAGCAGAACAAUUACGUGUAUAUUUCUUCUUGAUUAAGUAUAUUAGAAGUGAUGGAAGAGCAAGGUCGAACUUAAGUCUAGGGAAACCAAGAAAUAUGAAUUUAAUCAAAUCACCAUAUGCAAAUCUAAAGAUUAUUAACGAAUGAUCAACACAUAGUAUACAAACAAUAGAAUCUUCUUUCUUUUCCUUGAGUGUAGAGAAGAAAUAAAUCGCGUAAUAAUCAUCACCACAGAUAUAAUAAAGAACGGAAAUGAAUAAUAUAUAGUAAUAUUUUUCAGAUUAGUUUAGGUAUGAAAAGUUCGAAAAAUUUGACAAGAAUAAGUAAAAAAAAUGAUGAAAACAAAAACAAAUUUAGGAAGAAACGUUGAUAAUUCACAGUGUAAAGAAGAAAUCCUUUGGAGGAUCUAAAAGCAGUAAUAAAGGUUUAAAAACAAUAUAUCUGUAAGAAACCGAACAAAAAAUUAAUUUUGAAAAGUAUAUUAGUAAUUAUGAAGAAAAGAUUAUUAACCUAGGUCUUAACACACUGGCAUACAGAGAAAGAGAGUAAAAAAGAAUAAUAAAAAAAUUAUUUGACGAUA